UAUUCCACAGAUGAUAAGAAGGUUUCAGUGAAAAUGUAAAUACUUCCAUUGGACGAAUUCGCAGCUAACGGAAAAUUUAAAAUCUAUCGAUAUUACAAAUGCAUUUAAUAUAUCGAUAAUUCGAUUAUAAUCGAGAGUUCGAAAUGACUUUAAGUUAUUGGCACUUGCAGUAUUUGUACUUACACUGAAUUGAGAUACACGCGCAUGUCUAAAACUUUAACAAAAAAAGUGCGUACGUACUUGUAUUCUUGUGAAACACAAUUUAAAUAUACAUAUUAUAUUUAUAAUAAAUUGUUGUUGAAGUUAUAUUAAACAUUAAAAAUGUCGAAAAUUUUUACACCAACAAAUCAAAUAAGAUUAACCAAUGUUGCCGUGGUUCGUAUGAAAAAAGCAGGGAAACGAUUUGAGAUCGCCUGUUACAGAAACAAAGUUAUUUCAUGGAGAAAUAAAUUGGAAAAAGACAUUGAUGAAGUUUUGCAAACACACACAGUUUUUAUAAAUGUUUCAAAAGGUCAGGUUGCAAAAAAAGAAGACCUUGUAAAAGCUUUUGGAACAGAUAACCAAACUGAGAUUUGUAAAGAGAUCCUUACUAAAGGAGAACUUCAAGUUUCGGAUAAAGAAAGGCAUUCUGCACUAGAUUCUAUGUUUAAAGAUAUUGCGACGACUGUUGCUGACAAAUGUGUUAAUCCAGAAACUAAACGUCCAUAUACUGUAACAAUGAUAGAAAAAGCCAUGAAAGACAUUCAUUUCUCCGUAAAGCCAAAUCGAAAUGCAAAACAGCAAGCUUUAGAUGUUAUUCCUCAGUUAAAAGCUAUAAUGCCAUUAGAACGAGCUCAAAUGAGACUAAGGGUUUUGGUUUCAGGCAAAGAGGCAAGGAAAUUAAGAGAUAAAAUAAUUAAGUUAGCCACAAAAUUCGAAGAAGAAGAAUGGAAUAACGGAACAUUAAAUUUAGUAUGUUUAAUUGAUCCUGGCCAAUAUAGAGAAAUAGAUGAACUAGUAAGGUCUGAAACAAAAGGUUCUGGAUUUCUAGAAUUACUUAAUUUGAAGGAGAUUAUUGAAGGAGAUGAAAUUUUAGAAUAAAUUAUGAACCUAAUAAGAUGUUAAUUACUAUAAUUCAUAACCCCUUAUAUAUCUAAUAAAUUUAAUUUCUUAUCA